UGUGCAAGUGGUUGAUUGUUUAUCAAUUACACGAGCGACCAAUAGAUUUUUCGUUAACGCGGUUACCGAAAUCCUAAUAGUCAGGGAGUUGAUUACACUCUUUAGCUCUAAUUUCAGAUUGGCGACAAAUUUGGUGUCAUGAGAAAGGAAGAUGGUGCAUUGCACUUCUUUUAUAACGGUCGAGAUAUGGGAAUGGCAGCCACAAAUGUUCCUCUCAAAAUACACGGAAUUGUCGAUGUCUGUGGCAGUACUACACACGUAGAAUUAGUCGAACAAAUGCGAGAGGAAACCACAGAGCCAACAGGUGCCGCUUUCACGGGCAUGGCUAGAGAAGAACGGGCCUUCGAAAAAAUGAAACAAGCGAUCGAUCUCUUAAAGAAGAAAGACGAACGUGCUAUUCUAUCCACUGAACUUAUGGUCCUACAACAUUUGUACAUGUUGUACGCCAAGAAUACGGCCCGAAACCUUCGGCAGUUAAUGGGUGACAAGCUGGUCCAGUUGAAUGCUGCCUUCCAUAUUACUGAAUAUAUUAAAUUUCUUUGUGAGUGCGGGAUUGAAAAUGAUAAAAUCUACACGUGUUAUGACCUGCUUCUUAAUGUUUGUUUGAAUUACAGUGAUGGCAGUCUGAAGUUUGCCAGGUCCAUCGGACAGACGGAUCUCCUUGGAAUUCUUUCUGCAGAACUUGCCAAGUAUCAGAAUAGAUAUAUGAGUGAAGAGGGGAAAAGAGGUAUUGUUAUGACAGCAUUUGGAAUUCUUCUUAGCUGCUCAAAAGUUACGGAGAACCGAGAGGUGUAUUACCGUCUCUGUGUGAUCAGCAUCGUGGUUCCUUAUACGAAGCCAGGGAAUGACGAAACAGUCGCAAUGACCGCCUUAAUGACCUUGUCCUACCUUGUUACUAUUGAUCAACAACACCUGAUCCAAGCAGAGCCAUCAGCUAUUGCAAACAUUCUGAAGAAACUCGACGAAGCACUGAAAAACGCAGAAACCCAUCAAUCGGACGGUUCCCUUUCUUUCCAUGCAUAUGAAAUUGUGGAAUCGCUUAUAAACCUAUCGAAAAGCGCGCAAAAUCGCGUGACGAUGGUACAAAAAGGAGGCAUUCCCCUGUUUGUAAAAAUGAUGAAAGUCGGUAAUCCACAAGAACAGGAACUCGUCCUGAACGCCGUGUGGGAACUUAUUAACGGAGGCGACGGGACGCUGUCAACUAUCUCUAGAACAGAAGGGCUAUUAGACGCAGUGAAGGCUUUAAAGGGCAGCAAAGUCGAAACUGUUCGUCGAGCCGCUGAGAGGAUUUCAUUGAAGCUUGACACGCAGACUCAAAUGUUUUCCCAGAGUUUUGAUCCGGCACCCAGACCAAAGUGCACUUACAAAGAUAUCUGCGACAAAUUUGUUGAGACACUCCACAUACAUGAAUCAUAUUUUGAUGCCAAGUAUCAUCGCUGCUACUGCAACGUUUGUCAUAAUGAAAGAGGAGACAAACUGUAUUAUACUCGCGGAAAUCCACCCAAGGACUACGGUAUUCCAAUUGGAUGGUACAGGUAUGCCCUUAGCCUUCCAGCUAAAGCAAAGGCUUUGAACGUUUUGGACAACUGGCACAGGGCAUUCCAUGGCACUAAGAAACAUGUGGUUAGCAAGAUACUUGAAGUCGGGGAACUGCUCAUUCCAGGGGACGUAGCCUUGGGCGGCGACAAAAAAAGCGACAGGGAAGACCAUUUUAAAGAGAACUAUAAGCCCGAAGGGUUCGACACCAAGAAAACAGUUUUAUCUCCCAGCAUCCGUUAUGCUGGUCAUGACGCUUAUGCCAUGCCACACAAAUUGGAAGUAUCAGGAAAAACCUACGUGGCCCGUGUAGCACUUCAAGUGUACAUUCGCCCAGGCAGCUAUGAUGUCGGCGAUCAAACUAUAGGAGAAACCAAGCCAAUCGACCCAAAGUUUGACAAUCAGGAAAUAGAGUGGUCAACUAAAGAACGUGGAAGUACCAUUUUGUAUGGUCUGCUGGUGAAGUUGGAGGAACAAGCUUCUUGAAAUAGUUCAUCUUAACUUCGACGGAGCUGAGAACAAUAAAGCUUUUGACUUAAACGGUGUUAAGGUUUUGAAUGGUAGGCCUAUUUCAUUCUGUAUACAAAUCGAUCGGAUCAUAUUGGAAAGUGUCGGUUUCAUACCAUUUAUAUAUUGUUUUAUGUAAUGACGUGACAUUUGCAGUGGAUAGGCCUGAGCCUACUUGCGGUUGAUAGUCAUUUACUAGUUCCUUGUAGUAAACUUGGCUUUGUAGGUUACAGACAUUGGGCGAAGUAAUACUAUUAUUACAUGUAAUAAUGCCGAGAGACUUGCUUCUUGAAGUGGUAUUUUGAUACAAUUACUUUCUGCUAUGUGGGCCUAUGCGUUACUUACUGAGUUGUAUUUCACAAAGGAAUUUUUUAUGAAGCACUGUAGCACUAGACUUUGUUUCUCCCUGUAGGUGAC